AUGCACAGAGAGUGGCUGCAAAAUGCGCUUGCCCAGCUAGGAGUAUCUGCGAAAGACUGCAGAGAGGAGAUACUCGGGUACUUGGUUGGAAUAAAAGGACGAAAAGAGUGGAAGUUCCUUGCGCAGCCCAGUGCAACCGUCGAGGACUUGUGCGAAGAUCUGAAGCUGCAGACAAAAUCGACCACCAUAGAAGUGUCCAAGGACGUCUGCAAAAAAAGAAUAAUAGAUGUUAAAGAAGAGGUUGACAUUAUAAUAGAAAAUAAACAGAUGCUGUAUCUUGAAAUAGAGAGUAUACAGAUGCAGCCCCUUGCAAAAAAGAUGGAAGAGAAAGAGACAGCGCUAGCUGUUGCUCUGCAGAGAAUCGGGACAAAGAAGAGGACAUGCCAGCUGUGCAAGACAGGCAUUGCAGCGUACAAAAGAAAGAAAGAUAUUCUGAUAUGCACGAAGGAGAAGAUACUGUGCACGCAGUGCUACAAGGACUUCCACUGGAACAAAAAAGGAGAGAAGAAGUACGAAGACUUCACAUACGACAUAAAGGAGGAGUAG